GAUUUCCUCGUUGAAGAAGCAGCGCAGCGAGGACGUCAAGAGGAGGACGAGAUGCGGAUCGAGACAGAACAGACCGUGAUGAGUUCCGUGCAGGAUUUCCUUGAUGAAGAAGCAGCGCAGCGAGGACGUCAAGAGGAGGACGAGAUGCGGAUCCAGAGAGAACAGACCGUGACGAGUUCCGUGCAGGAGAGCCUCGAUGACGAAGCAGAGCAGCGAGGACAUCAAGAGGAGGUGCACAUCGGUGUCAACGACGAGCUGCCAGAAGGAGCGAUGAUGUCCUCCUCGUCGGGGCCAUUGCAGGAAACUCUGUACCUGAUUCUGAAGGAGGAGGCUGCCAUCACUGAUUCUGCCAACAUUGCCCAGAGCUACCACGGCCACAUCCGCGAGAACGCGAGCUGCUGCUGGGUGUCUUUUCCAGGCAAAUACGCCGCAGGUUGGGAAGCCUUGGUCAAGGAGCACCACGCAGACUCCGUGGCCUGCGUCUUUCUUUGCACUCCCGAAGAUGGUCUCGGCCGGCACUCGGAGGAUCCGCAGAACCGAGGGAAAUGCCACUGCCAGAGGAUCUACGGAGUUCGCGACUUCCGAUCCUUCGGAUAUCUCAUGGAAUUGCAGCCGCCCUACACGCCUGAGCGACUCCAGAGGCACGAGGAGAUGGCGGCUGCGAUGAACGCAGUGCUCGUGCACAAAGAUGCGCCGCAGUCCACGAAGGAGGAAGCCCUUAAGCAGGCGGAAGAACGAUGGCAGGAGUGCGGGCGUGUUGCCUCCUGGGGGUGUGCCUGGUACCCCAAGUGGCUGGACAGGGUCAGCGAGGCUGUGGCCAAGGGGCAACGGCUCAAAGCGGUCUUCUUUCCACGGCAGGUGGGGCAAGGUAAGCUGUCCAUGGAAGAGCUCUCUCACGAGACGGUCGAUCUUUGGGACAACAUUGGAUGUGGUGGCUCGCAGAAGUGUGAACUCGCAACGCUCGACAGCCUGCGAAAGCAGGAAGGCAGCAAGUGGGACUACGAGGAGGUGGACGUAGGCGACUUCCUUGGAAGCGAGUUCGAGGCCGGCUGUCCGGUGUAUGCCAAGACGCUAGGCAAGGGUGGUGAGGAAUGGCGGAGGGCUGUGUUGGUGCGGCAGAAGACACGCGGUACCAUAGGUGGCAAGAUCUCGUGGUUGGUGAGAUGUGAGACGACACAGGAGACCUUCGAAGCUAGCGAUCUUCGCCAUGCGAGCGUGUCUAUCGAGCAGAUCCAGCAAGCCUGUGGUCCCGCCCUCAAUGCGCCGGGAAUCAGCUAUGAGUUCGCCCCUGCCCUC